AUGGGGUUUUGGAUUCAAUUUAUCAUGUAUGCGAACGGGUUUUGUGCUUAUGCAACGAAUUCACUGUUAAUCUAUGUGAUUCUGAAACAUUCUAGACCUGAAUUGGGAUCAUAUCGAUAUUUAAUGUUAUCAUUCACAAUUUGUAACAUCAUUUUCCCAACGCUUCAUAUGCUCGUCAUGCCGCACCUUCAUGUAAUUGGUCAUGCUUUUAUUUUCUUCCCUGAAGGAAUCCUUGCACAGUGGCCGAUUGUGGCUCAUUGGGCCGAUGUUGGAUGGGGAUUCAUGUUUGGAGUCAUUCUCGCGGUGGUAAUGCUUCACUUUAUCUAUCGUUACUUGGCCGUUGUUAGACCACGAGCCCUCAUUUUUUUCUCUUCACAACGACAUGCUCUUUUACCCGCCAGUGUCGUUCUUUUCAAUGGACUUGUUUGGGGAGCCUCCUUUCAUUGCUCAACGUUUCACAUUGAUAAGCACAAGGAUUAUUUCCGCGAGUCAAUGAUGAAAGAUUACGGAGUGUCGGUGGAUGGAUUGCCCAUGUUGGGACUGCUCUUUGUGACCAACAACUCCCUUGGUCAAGAGGUCUAUUAUUGGCCCGAGGUCUUCUCCGGUGUUUGCUGUAUGACAUUAUUCUUUGGCACAUUCUUAACAAUAUCCUGUUGCACUGUUGGUAUAUACUAUCAUUUGGAGAAAGCUGAAUUGAGCGCGAAGACGAAAAAAUUACAAAAAGAACUCUUCAAGGCGCUGAUAUGUCAGGCCUCAAUCCCCUGUAUGCUUGAAUACGGCCCUUGCGGUUUCACUCAUCUACUCGCGUUUUCUGGUAUCAACCUUCUUGGCCCAUUGACACAUUACUGCAUAAUCUUUGUCUCUCUCUAUCCAGCAAUCGAUCCCCUUUGUGUUAUGUAUUUCAUCAAAGACUAUCGUCGUUUCAUUGCGAGGAAGCUCGGCAUAAAAAUGGAGCAACAGGCGAGUAGUUUAUGGGAAAGGAGUCAAAAUAUGAGCCAAAAAAACAGCAGCUGGACGAGAAAAGGCUCUACAAUCUCCGAUCUGCCACCAAUUCGAGGAAAAGUUUUCCCAGCUCAA